AUGGCUAGCACCAAACUUGUACUAGCACUUAGCCUCUUUGUUCUCUUGAGCGUUGGAUCAGCCAACGCCAUUAGGGUGGCUAGAUACUCCACUUCUCAAGGAAGAGGAGCCGGAGGGGGCAAUGGUGAUGGGUAUCAGAACGCUGGUGGCUCUGGAUCCGGAGUUGGCUCUGGAUCCGGUGAGAGUGACGGGGUUGGAGUCCAUGCGAGCGGUGGGGGUGGAGGCAGAGGCAGUUCUUGGUCGCAGCCUGGUGGUUAUGGGUCUGGUGCUGGGUAUGGCAGUGGAUCUGGCUCUAGUUCUAGCUCGCAAUCACGUUACGGUUACGGUGGGUCUACUAGUACCGGGGGCAGUGGUCGCGGCGGCGGUGGCGGACAAGGUUCGGCAGAUGUGGGCUCUCAUGGCUAUGGUGUCGGUGGUGGCGAAGGGUACGGCUCCAGCGUAGCAAAUUCUGGCAACGUGUUCUCGGCCACUCCAGCGCGUGCAGAAGCCGAUGCUAAAGGCAAUGGUAAUGGCAUGGGAGGUGGUAGCAAUGGUGGGAGCGGUGGCGGCAAUGGCAGCGGAUCUGGAUUUGGUGAAGGACAGCCUUAG